GAGAGCCAAACUACAGCUAGAUCAACAGAACACAGACUACAAAACGAGAUCAACUAAAGAUAUGCUGAGAUACUAUCACGACGCAGGCAAAGUUCUUUAUUUUAAUGAAAAGGAUCUUGAGAAAUCUGUUAUCAUGGACGUUCAGUGGUUUAUUGAUGCGUUCAAACAUAUCAUUACAGACAAGUUACACCUAAAAGAUGGAUACAAUAUCGUUCUCUCGGUCACGGCCGUAUCUAUACAGCUUCAAAUAUUUCCAACUGAGGAGAGAGGUGAUUUGGAAAAGGAUAAAACUUACGACAUUCAGGACAGGAUUGAAGCUGUUUUAAAUGAUAUUACGGGGACAUUUCAUAGAAAGAUCUCGUUUGUUAGAGGAUUUAAAUGUCAAGAACAAGACAAAGAAGAAACAAUUGCUAUGGACAUAGAAGGACAUUUUUUGCCAGAAAACGACAUUCGCAAAGGAGAUCAUGUAAUCUGUCCUUUGCAUUCCAUUACUGAUCGACAUUUCCUAAAUACAAAUGAGUUAACAAAGUAUUGGAAAGUGUAAAAUAUUGAGCUUCUACAUUGUGUGUGAAAACUGUAAGGCAUUUUGUACUUUUCUUGUGGGAUCCAUAUUUGGCGCCUUUAAUAGCACAGGAGUUUGUGCGAUAAGCAAUGUUCACUGCCAAAGUUUAUUUAUCAUCUUAAAUGUACAACCACAGUGACCUAUAUUAAAGUAU